CUGGAAUUUCAUCCAGGAGCGACAAAGAGAAAGGAGAUUUAGUCUUUAUCUUUUAGAUUUUUUUGGAAAAUUCGUUUUUUUAAAAAUAAUUUAAAAAAACCCCCCAAAACAAGAGCUCGUUUCCCAGAAGAGAAUAAUUUUAUUAAUUUUUCAUUAACGAUGGACGAAGAAGACAAUAGAAUAAACGAUUCGUUAUGUAAAUCGGAAAAUAAAAGAAAUCUUAUCGUCAACUACUUGCCCCAAACAUUAACGGACGGCGAAUUCACAGCCAUGUUUAUGAAUAUCGGGCACCUGAAGUCGUCUAAGAUAGUUCGACACAAAGCCACGGGUUAUAGUUACGGUUUCGGUUUUGUAGAAUACGAAAACGAAGCCGACGCAGCUAAAGCCAUAGAAAUGCUCAACGGAUUUCAGUUGCAAAACAAAAAACUGAAAGUGGCUUACGCCAGACCCCGAAGCGACGAGAUAAAACACGCUAACCUGUACGUUCGAGGCAUACCCAGGAGCAUGAAACAGGAAGAAUUAGAGAAACUGUUCGGACAGUGUGGAGAAAUCAUACAGUGCAGGAUGUUGAAAGAUAACACUUCCGACGGCAACAAGGGCGUGGCUUUCAUUCUGUACGAUCGCAAAGAACAGGCCGAAGCGGCAAUCGUCAAAUUCGACGGCGAGACCCUUUCCGGAGGAUCCGAAACGCUCUCCGUCAAAUUCGCCGACGACAACUCCAAAAAAGUGCCGCCCGCAUUCCUCCAAUAUCCCGUACCGCCGUUUCGGGGAGCGGGAUUCGGCGGAGGACCGCUCAGACCGGGAAACGUCCAGAGUCGAUAUCGUUUUAACCCCAUCUCCAAUUCCUUCGUCGGUACCAACCCCGGUACCACUUCCUCAAACGGCGGAUACAUCCUCUUCGUUUACAACAUCGGAGCGGAAGUCGACGAGAGGAACCUUCACCAUUUGUUUCUCUCCUACGGAACCGUACUUAAAACUAAUGUCAUUCGCGAUCCCAACACCAAUCAGAGCAAAGGCUACGGCUUCGUCACCAUGAGCAAUUACGAAGACGCUCUUUGGGCCAUAGAAGCCUUAAACGGUUUUACUUACGGUGGGAGGCCGUUACAGGUUUCCUUCAAAACCCCCAAGUAAAAGCCAAACCAUUUUUUAAAUUCGUAGUUCCUACAGUAGAAAAAAAUGUAAAGAAUUUUCUCUCCGUUAAUUAAAACAAAUAUCGCACUUUUCGAUACAUUUCGUCCUUGGAGAAGGUUGACUUUUUAUUUUUUAUUUUAGAAAAUCCAUUUCUUAUAAGUAUUUAGUGGUAACAUUAACGUUUAAUUUUUCUUUUUUUUUUUUGCAACCGUCAAAUUCUUUUUCUCAAAAGUAUACAUUUAAGUCGGUUUGAGGAAUCGUAAUGACAAUUACAUUAUAUGUAAAAUAGAUUCCGUAAUCUAUUAAAAAAAUUCUUUGUAUUGUUUUCGUUACUUAUUAAGGAUCUAAUUAAAUUUGUCCUUUUUUAUA